AUGGAUCUUGUAAGCAGAAGACACUUGAUCCAUGUGACACAAUAUGGUUCUCAAGCUCUUUCUCCAAUGACAAGUCCAGGGAGUUCAAUCUUUCAUCCUCAUCUGCAUUCUUCAGGCACUAGUUUCCCCAUCAUUGCAAUUGCUAUAAUAGGAAUAAUGGCUACGGCUUUCUUGCUAGUGAGCUACUACAUCUUUGUGAUCAAAUGCUGCCUCAAUUGGCACCGUAUUGAUCUUCUAAGACGUUUCUCUACAUCUAGGAGGCGUGAAGUUCCAACAACAAUAUACACACCAGGCACAAAACCUCGUGGACUAGAAGAGGCAGUGAUCCGGUUAAUACCAGUGAUUCAAUACAAGACAGAAGGGAAUAGAGACAUUGGAGAAAGAAGCUACUUUGAAUGUGCUGUUUGUUUGAAUGAGUUUCAAGAAGAUGAGAAGCUCAGGAUUAUACCAAAUUGCAGCCAUGUAUUUCACAUUGAUUGCAUAGAUGUUUGGCUUCAGAACAAUGCAAAUUGCCCACUUUGUAGAACAAGUAUUUCCUUGACAAGCAGAUUCCACAUUGAUCAGCUACUCACCCAAAGGAUUUCUUCCUCUCAAGAUCAAAACCCACCUAUUGAAAACCUCAUUGGUGGUGAUGAAGAUUUUGUUGUGAUUGAAUUGGGUAAUGGUCAUGAUAGAGGCCAAAUAUUGCAAGGAAGACAAGAAAGAGGCAAUGGUUUGGAGUUACCAACAUGUCCUAUUAGUCCUUUACAAAGGAAGUUGGAGCAGAGAAGUAUGCAGAAGAAAGCAAGGAAGCUGCAUAAAGUGACAAGCAUGGGGGAUGAGUGUAUUGAUAUUAGAGCCAAAGAUGAACAGUUCUCAGUCCAACCUAUCAGGAGGUCUUUCUCCAUGGACUCAUCAGGGGAUAAACAGUUCUAUUUAGCAGUUCAAGAAGCUUUGCAGCAGCACAAAGGGCAAGUCAAUGAGGGAAGCUCCAUUGAAGGAUGCAGUGGUAGUGGUAGAGCCAAGAGAUCCUUCUUUUCUUUUGGACAUGGAAGUAGAUCCAGAAGUUCUGUGCAACCUGUUUAUUUGGACCCUUGA